AUGGGAAGUGUCUUAUUUAGAGAUGAAAGAGGAGACCUCACCUUUGGAGCCACCAAGCGGUUCUACACAACCAAGCCUAUCCUAGCUGAAGCUUUAGCUCUUCGUGAAGCAGUUCUUACAGCCUCAAACAUGCAGAUUGGAAAAAUUAUUUUUGAAUCAGACAACCUUCAAUUGGUGGAAGCUUGCUUAAGGAGAAAAACAGUAGGGGUAAUUCAAAAUAUAGUGGAAGAUAUACUCACUUGGAAGAGGAAUUUCCCCAAUUGGGGUUUCACCUGGACGGGGAGAUCAGGAAACCAGAGUGCUCAUGCCUUAGCUCGCUUGGCACUCCAUAACUCACUACCUCCUUCUUGGUUUUGGAAGCCUCCUGAUGAUUUGAGAGCUGCCUUGAGUCUGGACAAGCAACGAUCUCAAGUGUAUAGAGUAAGGGGAAGAGCAGUUCAAGAUGGUAGAAGAAGAGCUUGA